AUGUCACCACCCGUUUAUCAUAGUGACCAUAAUCCCAUUGUUUGCACAAGGUGGGUAUCGGAAAUUGAAGGGGUUUUUUGCACUAGUCAAUGCCCUCUAGAGCUCAAGGUUGUGUUUGCUGUGAGUAUGUUCCGGGAUAACGCAAAAAGGUGGUGGGACAACUUAUUGACGGUGAAGGGUGAUGCCACUAUGGCGCUCGUAGAAUGGUCCGAGUUCAUAACUAUGUUCUACAAAGAGUUUAGAUCCGAAGCAGAGGUGACCAAGUUAAGGAGUGAAUCUCUUAAUGAUUUUCUAGGAAAACUAAGUUUCACGGAAUUUCGUGCUCAAUUCCUAGACAAAGCUCAAUUUUGUCCGAAAUAUUUGGAAAACGAUCAAUUGAUGAAGGAGCAAUUCUAUUUGAACUUGAGGAAGAGUUUGAGGGAGAAGAUUAGUUUGCGCCAAAUGGAUUCCUUUUCCAUGUUGGUCGAUGUGGCUCGAGAUCAUGAGAUCGAGCAAUCAAGGGUUGAAGAGAAAGUAUGA